UGGAAGCUGCUUGCUGCCCUUGUCGCCUGCUUUCUCUUUUUCCAUGGAGUUUGCUUUGCUGAGAAAGCUUCAAGGUACACUUUCAUGCACGAAGCGACCAAGGCACCACAAGUUUCAUAUUUUGACUAUAUUAUUGUCGGUGGUGGUACUGCUGGCUGCCCGCUAGCUGCCACUCUCUCACAGAACUCCUCUGUUCUCCUCCUUGAGCGUGGAGGAAGUCCUUUCAACAACCCCAAUAUCACCAACAUCACUGCCUUUGGAGCCGCCCUAAUGGACACCUCAUCUACUUCACCUUCCCAACUAUUUUUCUCUGAAGAUGGUGUUAGAAACGCUCGUGGACGUGUGCUAGGUGGCGGGAGCUCCAUUAAUGCUGGUUUUUACUCACGGGCCUCAAGUGCGUUUAUAAAAGAUGCAGGAUGGGAUGAAAAGUUGGUGAAUGAGUCAUAUAGGUGGGUUGAAAGGGCAAUUGUAUUCAAGCCUGUGGUGCGACAAUGGCAAUCUGCUAUGAAGGCUGGGUUGCUGGAAGCUGGGGUUACCCCGUAUAAUGGCUUUACUUAUGAUCAUUUAUAUGGGACAAAAACUGGUGGCACAAUUUUUGACAAAAAUGGGCAUAGGCAUUCUGCUGCUUAUUUGCUUCGGUAUGCAAGUAGUAGCCGCCUCAUGUUGUAUCUUCAUGCGACGGUUCACAAAAUUUUAUUUAUGAUCAAAGGAAAUUCAAGACCAAUGGCUCAUGGGGUGGUUUUUAGAGACUCUUUAGGAAAGAAGCACAUAGCAUACUUGAAACACGGGUCAAAGAAUGAAAUACUAGUUUCUGCUGGAUCAUUAGGGAGCCCACAACUUUUGAUGCUAAGUGGGCUUGGCCCGAAGGACCAACUUCAGUCCCAUGGGAUCCAUGUUGUUUUAGCCCAGCCCGGUAUUGGUGAUGGGAUGGCAGAUAACCCAAAGGCUGCAAUAUUUGUCCCGUCACCGACUCCGGUCGAAUUUAGUAUCGUUGAGGUUGUUGGUAUUACUCACUCAGGGAACUAUAUUGAGGGUCGUAGUGGCUCCAACCUCGUUAGCGGACAAUACAAGAAUGUUUCAUUAAAGAUGGGUGGAUACAUCUUUGAGAAGAUAUUAGGGCCGCUAUCAACAGGCCACUUAGAGCUGAAGAGUCUUGACCCAAAUGAUAACCCAUCAGUUACAUUUAAUUACUUCAAAAGGCCCGUUGAUUUACAAAGAUGUGUCAAUGGGCUAACAACCAUCAUAAAAACAAUCAAAACAAAAGCAUUUUCAAAAUUCAGAUACCCGUUUCUCAACACAAAAGACCUUCUCAACAUUACUGCUAGCUUACCACAGAACUUGCCGGUUAAUAGCAACACCACCUCUUCGUUGGAACAGUUUUGUAAGGACACGGUCAGUACAAUGUGGCAUUAUCAUGGGGGUUGUCGUGUUGAUGAAGUCGUUGAUCAUGAUUAUAAAGUUGUUGGUGUUGAGCAUCUUAGAGUUGUAGACGGGUCAACUUUUCGUACGUCCCCAGGGACUAAUCCUCAAGCUACGGUUAUGAUGCUCGGAAGGUAUAUGGGAGUGAAGAUACUACAAGAGAGACUAUUAUGCAACAAAUAAAAAGCAUGCCCAAAGUCUUUGUCACGUUGCUAACUACUUUUUAGUUUUUACAACACGUACAUAGAAAAAGGUCAUUAAAAUUUUUUACCAUUGGACAUCGUUUGUUUUAAGCAUGUGUAUUUUUCCGGUAUUUUUAUUUUUUUUUAAAGAUUUGUUAAAAUUAUUUUUAUGAUACUUUAAUGUUACUUUUUUUUUAU